CCGUUGUCGAGCCUGUGCUCACGGACUCGGUCGCUCGAUGUGUGCGUGGCCUACGUCAUGCUAUAAGCGGAGUAAAACUGUGCAUACUGGACGAGGGUCGAGCGCAGUUACCUCGCCGCGAGUCAAUACCGCGCGCCGCCGCCACCCGAGCGAGCUACGUUCCCGGACUCCGCGUACCGACCGCCACCCCGCGCGUCGAGGCCGUCGACAACCAUGCUAGCCGAGACUCGAUCCGAUUUUAAAACACGGGACUCGGGGCUUGGUCGUGCGAGGGAGCGUCCGCGAGAUACCGAGACAGCGAGCCGUCCUGAGGCGACGACCCCGCGGGCUCCCGCGAGGGCGCACCGUCCCUCGGCCGCCCGGGCGGGGGUUGCGGGGGCGGGGGCGAGGGAUGAGACUGCGCAGGAUACUGCGGAGGCCUCUACCUCGAGGUCGGAGUCGCGGUGCAGUGUCUGCGCGAAGUGUUGGAAUUGUGACGCGACCAGCCAUUUUUCGCGUGACUGUCGCGAAGCCCCGCGUGUCCACUGCUACUGGUGUGGACGCGCGCAACAAACGGUGCGAACGUGCCCGGCGAAAACGAAAGAGGAAAGCGGUAGAUCGGGUCCCUCCGUCUUCUCUCGAUUCUGAGGCCCGUGAGAAAGAGCGGAGAGUUGUCGGAUCAUACGGGGCGCGUCACGUAAGCGGGCGUGCGUCCCUGCAGUAUUUAGAAUUUUUUAUUGGCGAGCAAUGUCUUCUCGGACUGAUCGAUACCGGUUCGGAUCGAUCGGAACCAUUUUUGGCGAAGAUGGUGUCGAACUAGUCCAAAGUUUGGGACUGCCGAUUUCCCGCGAUCUCGAUUCUCGAAUUCGCCUUACAAUCUGCGACGACGAGCAUGGAGACCGCACCUCGGGGAACAUAUUUGGAAACGCGAGCAUGUACUCUCCAACAAAGCAGCCGACUUCGCCGCCAAACUUGCGCCGCGCUACAUCGGGCCGCACGAAGUACGAGCCUUCCACUCCCCCGACAUAAUCGAUCUGCGCGACCAGCAAGGAAGAUGGUACCGCCGUAUACAUAUUCAGGACCUUAAGCCGGGACCGCCGAAUGAACAUAAGGACAAACAGGACAAGACCGUAAACACGAUCCGCACCACAAGCCACCAGUAUAAAAGACACACGAGGAAAAUAACGCGUUUCAGUUUCUUGUAGGAUGACUCGCAGAGAAGAUCGCCAGAAUCAGCUGCUUGCCGACCUCGCGCUCAGCAGCAACGAGGACGCUCCAAUUGGAACGGUCGACCUGACGCCGCAACCGAUACGACGAGUGCUGACAAUCGGAACGCGAGUCCAGCGCUCCGACCACAUCAACCGGAACAUGGCUCACCGCCCCUCUGCCACCAACACCAAAGACACGGAGCACGAGCAGCGACAACCGGCCACCGACGAGAUCGCGCGGAAGCCUGGGACCCCCCGCACCUCGUGCCGCCAGUCGCUGACCGAGCCGAGCGGGCAGUUGCGCCGCAAUACGGGUACACACGGCACGACGCGACGCCGAGGAACGACCGCUACUGGGCGUCCGUCCGCCACCAGCCGAGGCCAGCAAUUACGCCGCACCACCAAGACCAGGGUCACCGGCCCCGCUAACCGAGCCGACCACCAGGCAGUGAUGGAUUUUGGCAAGAUAUUCGCCGUCCCAGGAAGCUUCGUGCGUAUGCGGCCCUAACGAUACCUCAGAUUCGACGAAAGUAUAUACGUCAGUGAGGACUCCGAGCGUUUGCUCUGUACGCAUACGCGACACAUAUCUUGCCAAAAUCCAUCACUGCUGUGGCCAUGUGCGCAUUGCCACAGAGCAUAUUCGUGUCAGUAGACCAUAGAAGGAUAAGGGCAUACUAGGUGGCGGUUAUAUACAGUGUGUCCCAUAAGUUCGGCAACGGCAAGAAAACUCGGCAGGGGAGCAUUUUAGAGAAAAAUGUUUCGAAUAAAAGUUGUAAGGCUUAAAAAGUCGCAUUUAAU